AUGAUGGAGAACAAAAAAGUAGUUAUAUUAUCAAUUGAUUUUGGUAAUGAUUAUAGUGGUUAUUCGUAUGCUUUUAUAACUGGUAGAGGUGAUAAUGUAGAUAUUUAUACACAUGAUACUUGGUCUGGUCCAUGUCACCCUAAUCUCUCCUCCACACUACUGACAACUGCUGUCACCAACACUGUAUCUCUUGACAAGAAUGGAAGGCUUGUAAAGUUUGGUUAUGAUGCUCGUGAAGAUCAUGAUAAUGCUAUCUUUUCAAAGUACAAGAUGGUCCUCUUUAACACAGAGUCAAGAGAAAAGACAAUGGUCCAGGCUGAUAAUUGUGAUCAAACUGCAUCGGUUGAAACACUCUUUACAGAGACUCUCAAGUUCUUUAAACAAUCUAGUUUGGAAAGUCUAGAUUUGGAAUACAAAAGCAACUACAGUUGUAAUAGAGUCAAGAUUGAACGAGCCGAUCAAGUGAUAUGGGUGAUCACAGUACCCGAUACAUCUGAUGAUGAUGUUUCAAUUGUACGAGCUAUUCAUCAAAUAGCAAUCAACGCAGGUUUAUGUACUAUAGACACUAUCAAAGAAUCAUUAUUCAUUACAACUGCAUCCAAAGCAGGUUCUUUAGAAUGUAUUUUUGAGAAAACCUAUGCUUAUCAACUAGCACCUGACCAAUCAUUUCUUGUUUUCAAUAUUGGUGUAGAUACUGCUGAUUUUACUGCAUAUAGACAAUUAGAAGAUGAAAGGAUGGAACCUAUAAUUAGUAGAUUCGGUGGUACCUUUGGAUCAAAUAAUUGUAAUCAAUAUUUUAAAAGAUUUAUGUUGGAUUUACUUGGUGGUGAUGAAAUGACACAAGAGAUAAUCGAUGGUACUGAUUUUAUUACAUUAUUAGAGACAUUUGAUAAUAUUAUUAAAAAAUCAAUGUCUGAUGUAAAUGCUAAAUCAAGAAAUAUUCCAUUUAAUCCAAAAGUAUUUGACAAGAAUAUUGAUUGGAUACUUCAACGAAUCAAGCAAUACAACAGUAGAACUGGGUCAAAGAUACAAUACAAAAGAACAGGACAUCUAUCAAUCCCAUUGGAUACUAUAUUGUCAUUCUUUCAACCAAUCUUUCAAACAAUAGUAAACACUGUAAAAGAACACAUGGAGAAAUAUGAAGCCAUCAAGAAUCCUACCUAUAUCUUUAUGAUUGGUAGUUUUUGUGAAAACCAUUUACUUCAAGAAUUUGUAAGGAAAGAGUUUGCAUCGACUGGUGCAACGAUUGCUAUUCCAUACAGACCUUUGAUGUGUGCUUCUAUGGGUGCUUGUAGAUUAGCCAUAACUAAAAACAAUCACUAA